UUUUUACAUACUGUCUAUUUUUUAAUUUUGCGCCCUCAUAUGAGCAUGGGGUCGCCUUCUGACUCUGACCUCCGGGCUCGGGUUGAAGUAAUCCUCAAGGGUGCGGAUUUAUCCCAGGUUACAUCAAAAAAGGUUAGGGUGGAACUUCAAGAACAUUUUAACAUUGACCUGAGCAAUGAAAAGGGCAGAAUAGAGUCGAUAAUACUUCAAACUCUCGAAAAAAUUCAGAAAAAUGAAAAGGCCAGAGAUACUGAGAAUGGUUCUAGGAAAAAGCUUCAGCAACCACGGUCUGACUCAUCCGAUUCCAGUAGUGAAGAUGACUAUUUAGAUCCGUCACCUAAGAAAAAAAGAAAAGGUGAUGAGGAACUAGCAAGGAGUCUUCAUGCAGAAGAAAAUGGUAUGCGCAGGCGUACCUCACAAACUAAAAUCAAAUCAAGUCGUUCAUCUACUGGCCCCAGAAACUCUGGUGGAGGCACUGGAUUCACGCGACAAUUGACUUUAUCAGAGGAAAUGGCAUCUUACCUUGGGGCAUCGGAACUAUCUAGAGCUGAAUUGGUGAAAAGAUUUUGGUCUAUUGCUAAGGAAAAGAACCUAUUUGAUCCUGCUAACAAGCAAUUUGUCAUUUGCGAUGGUGACUGGCAAAAUCUGUUUGGUCUAAAGAGAUUCCGUAUGUUUGGUAUCGCUAAGCAUUUAUCACGGCAUAUUAUUGAGUGA